AUGGCGGAGUCGGUCUCCAGUAAGAGCAGUGGCGCUGCGGGCGGGCGCCCUCUCAGCACAGUUGGCGGCCCAGUGACUAUCGGUACGACUGUCUUCGUCUGCGUCAAGCGUUGCCCGCUGCGUCUCAAGUGCAACGCCGACGAGAGACCGUUGCAAUUUGGGCCAAAUGGCGUCGAUGUAUUUCCAUUCUUGCCGUGGGGCAGAGGGUCGUCAGAGAAUCCUGUCGGCCGGGUGGGCAGGGUCUGCAUGCGCACCUGGGGCGAUGGGGGGUGGUCCGCAGAGCACAAGAACGUGGACGAAUUUGUCGAGACCAGGAAGGGGCACGCACAGGUCCAGGCCGAGCGGACGUCAUCAAGAAACCUAGCGAUCAAGGACAUGGAGGAGGGACCCGAAAGAUGCUCCAGAGCUGAGAAGGGCAAAAUCAAGGACAGGCACCGAGAGAACAGGAAACGUGUCGUCAAAUCGUUCACCGAGGAGUCUCUUGACAUCGGCUCGAAAUUCAAGGCGAUCGCUGUGAAACAAUUCAAAGAGGAUUUUCCAGGGAGGAUUGAGAAGGAGAAGCUGGAGACUACCUGGGAUGUCUUCGAUGGCGUCUAUCAGGAGGUCGUGCUCCUGCCCAAGAACAAGGAGGGCGAGUGGGGCGUCACCGUCAAGCGCCGCAGAGGCGCGCGCAUGGACGAGACGGUGGACGACGGCAGCCACGUUGUUCGGCAAGGGCAGUUCAAAGCCAAGUUCGAUCGCAUGUUCAAGGACACCAUGGCCGACGCCCGCAAGAGCCUCAAGAACACUCAGUACACCACCCCUACGAAGGCGGCGCAGGACGCGGGCCCAGAGGAGCUCGGCGACGCCACCCAGGAACCCAUCCCCGCUGAUGAUGUCGACGAGGACGACGGCUUGUCCUUCGCGGGGUCCUCGCUGCUCUCUUCAGCGGAUUCUGCCGGCAAGAGGGGGCGCGUUGCGAUGAGCGCGAAGAUGCUCGGCAAGUCCGCUACUGAGAUUUUGGACCCCCUCGGUUUGGAGCAGAUUCGCAACGACUUCGAGGAGAUCUCCAAGAGCAUGCAGAUCGAGCCGUUCACAUCAUGCCUCAUCGGCGCCAACCACGAGACUUUGCCCGCGAAGUGCGCGGAGCUAAAGAAGGCCGCAGGGGCGCUGCAGGGCAAGGUCGUCAACCUUGACAAUAAGGUCCGCAAGUGGGUGGAUCUCCCGCAGCACGAUGAGCAGGAGGUGACAUGCACGUCGGACGGUUUCCAGCUUUUCAGCAAGACGCACCCCGACUCGAACAAGUUGGAGUCGUUGCUCGCGACAAUGAAGGCCAACGGCGUCGACAUCCCGAUCGCUUACGUCGUCGCGUUCUUCAGGGAGAAGGCCCUCGACCUUGUCCGAUUCAAGCAGGUCGCUGAGUUGCUCGACUUCCUGAGCUUGAAGGAGGGCUUCCUUGCAGAACGCAUGGGCGGCGAUCUGGACGUAGACUUGAAGGUCGUCUCUGAGAAUGUCAUCAGCGAGUGCCUCAUCACCCUCGCCACGGGCUACCUCUCGACUGAGGGCGCUGAUGAGGCAGUCUCCCAGGUCGCCAGGCUUGCUGGGGGCCUGGCGUCGAGCGAGCAUGGCAUCCCCGAGGAAGUGGCGGACGACCUGGGGCGUAUGGCUGGUGCGCUGGGCUUCGGGGAGACGUUGGGUGACGAUCGUGCAUCCGACCUCCAGUGGCUUUCAGACAAGAGAGCCGACGCUACUUACACUGGCGUGCUCGCGACCAUUCUCGGCGACGCUGCUUUCUGGAAGGCAUGCCCCGCUACCACUUCGAGCUGCGGUCGCCGGAUUCAGGACGCCGCCCGCGCGUUCAACAAGGAGUUCGAGAAGUGCGGUAACAAUGUAUAUUUGCAAGCAGACAAGCAGGGCUUGAGCGACGCCAUCGCCAACCUGUUCGCUGUCUGCGCCGCUGCCGAGGACGUGGAGAAGGUUCGGGCCUGCUUCGAAAGCGCGCUUGCAGCCAUGGAGAUGAAAGCUGGCGUCGAGACAACCUCGUGCAUAGAUUCCCUGGGGUCGAUGCUGCAGUCCGCCGUGGACGAGUCGCACGGCAUGCUGGAUAUCCAGAAGGAGUUCGAGCUAGUGAACGUCGCAGUGGAAGCGUCUCGGCUGAAGGGCACGUUCGACCUGGACGAGCUCCUGAAGAGGUUCCCGAGCCUUGUCGCCCUUUGCGGGUCGGCCUCGACCCCCCUGGCGACCGCGAAGCAGAAGAUGCAGACCAUCAGCGACGCCAUGGCCUGCCUCCGGACCUUGCUCAGGACGCUCGCGAACAAACCUGGCGAUGAAUCUCUCGGAGGCGACGAGCACCAGAAGCACAUGUCGAGCGUACUGGCUCGCCUCAGCAGCGUGCACAACAAGAAGUUCGGCGUCGUCAGCCACGGGAAGAUAGCCUACGACCAGAAGGUUGAGCAUAUCAAAGUACUGAUCUCCGACACCGCGGCAAACGUCAUAUCUCUGAAGGGCGCCAACCAGGAGGACACGAAGAAGCUCACCAAGCUCAUCGACAAAAACAUCGAGGCGUACCAGACGCAGGACUUGGCCAUCCAGCAGCUGGCGAUCUACUCGGACACGAAGGACCACGACGCAGCAUGCUUCAAAACGUUGGCCGAUGUUAUAUUUCCUUUCUUCAAGUUCUCGCCAAGAGCAAUCGUGCUUUGCAAAGGCUUACCUACGGACUUCAAGCCAGACAUGAAGAUGGUCUCUCGCGUGAAGGCGAUGCUGAACACGGACGUGGUGAAACCGAAGUUGGCGUGGUUCGCUGGCGGCGACAAGGCAGACGAACUCAUGGACGUGGUAAAACUCAUCUGGCCCACGCUGGACGAGCCCGCCACGAGGCACGUGGAGAGCUUGAGAAACAAGCUGGUCCUCCUCCAGGGUAAGGUGAACAACGCGCUGGCAGGUGCCGACGUCGUGGCAGACAACAAGAAGUUCCACGAUUUCUACGACAUGGCGAAGAUGGGCUCACUCAAGACGCUGCGCGGCCAGCUGAAGGCAGCGUUGGCUUCGCACGCGGAGGCAGGCUGCGACGACGUUGAGGGCUUGACCAAGACAGCGGACACAACUUUGACUGAGGCCAGGUCGCAGACGAUCAAGUGGGGCCUCGUCGUGUUCCUCCACAACCCAGAGAUCAGGUCCCUUGCGUCCCGCGGCGUGACCCUCCGGAGGGACCUCAGCAACACCUGGAACCUCAACAAGGGCACCGAGGGCAUGCAGGCGUACAUCGGCCAGGGGAUGGUCAAGGACAUCAAUGAG